AUGGCGGGACAUCCGUCGAAUGGCGAUCCACAGGCCAUCGGAAAGUUGCGAAGCGACUUGGACGGCGCCAUGGGCGUCAUGCGUGACAACAUGCGGACAAUGGCCGAGCGCGACGUGCAGCUUCAUGAUCUAGAAGGAAAGAGCAAUACCUUGAAUGUGGCGUCUGGAACCUUCAGCGCCCACGCCACCCGCCUCCGGCGAGAACAGGAGUGGCAGAGGUGCAAGACUCGAAUUGCAAUUGUCGCCGUGUUUGUCCUACUGGUAUGGCUCUUGAUCUUCUUCUUUGCUUCCGGCCACCGAAUGACCUUCCUGGGUAUCAGUGCAGGCAUACUUGCCAUCACCUUGCCGCUUGGGUGGUGUUGCGUGAGGCGCUGGCGGAACCUCGAAGAGGAGGAAGGCUUUCGUGAUGUGGAUAGCAUCUGA